AUGCCUUUCAGUUCCUUUUCUUCCUCGAGCUUUAUGUGGCCGGGGUAUAGGCUGUUGGCUGUUUUCUUCUUGACAGAGCUGUUUAAAUAUAAUCCUCUGAUUAUAAUUCAUUAUUUAAUUUUAUAUAUUAGCAGCUUUCUUCUUCUUCAGAAGUUUCGUUCUUAUGACUGA